UGCACUCAAUCUCUUCACUGUGACCAUGACUGAGCUGAGAGCAGAGGAUGCUGGGAAAUACUGGUGUGCAGUGAAAGAUGCGUUUAACCUUCCCAUUGAGCUCAUGAUCAUCACGAAGGACGCGGUCACUCAUGAAGCGUCUGUCGGAGGAUCAGCGUCCAUCAGCUGUAAACACAUCAGGAAUCAAGCACAGAGGUUGUUCUGCAGAGGAGAUCAGCUGAAUAUCUGUGUCAGAGACGGAGUUCAUGUUUCAUCAAAUAACAGAACAAACGGCAGAUUCUCUCUGACUGAAGAAACCUCUGCUGGAGUCUUUACUGUGAAGAUCAGCAAUCUGAGAGCAGAGGAUUCUGGGAAAUACUGGUGUGCAGAGGAGAGUUCUGGGUCCUUCAUAUUCACUGAAGUUCAGCUACACGUGACCGGAGAAAUGACGACAUCUGGCACCAAAAGAGAAACAUCUCAGGAAAAGACUG